AGCACUAGUGUUGACAGCUCUUCUGCUACCUGUCAGUCAAAAGGAACCACCCCUAAUUAUGCAUAAGUUCAUGCUUUAAAGGUUGAAUAUGGAACACGGACACUCUGGUGACCUGUGGUGUUCAAAUGAGGUAGUGCAACAACAGAACUCAUUUUCCAGUCGUCGGGGUGUUGGUUCACUGCUGACAUGUUCCAGUACCAUGUUCAGUGAUGAAUUGUACAGGACAAGGUCAAAUUUCCACUAGUAAGAUUAUUUUACCACAGUAUUUACUGUUAGAGCAUCUUGUGAGCUCAGAAUCAGCUGCUUGACUUGUCAAGUCCACCAUUUUACACAGUCAUCUUGCUGAGCAGAAUUUUUAGUGCAAUGGUGUCCUCUAGUGGCUGGUAGCUGUAAACAUAAACCCAGUGCUGUGCCCCUCAAAAUAAAAUUUUGAUGGGAUCUGUCGGGUCGCUCCCAAUGGCUGCCUGGUGGGGUCUAGAUUCCUGGGCUCUGUCGGGUACCCAACGGGGUUGGUCGCCCUUGGGUCCCAGGCCACUGUGUUCCAAGCUCAGCCAGCUCAGGGAUUGGUAGCUGUGGGCGGGCCUGGGGGCUUGCCAUUGUUAUCUCCCAGGGCUCUGGUGGCUGAUUACCCCCAGAGAAAUCCUCUGCGCCUCUUGGGAGGGGGGUUAGGGCUGUCUACCUGGGGUUCCUGCGCUCUGGGGACCCUUGGAUCUCUAGGGCUUGGAACUUCUUCAUCUUCCGCACGUCUUUGGGGACAGGUCUGUGGCCCCUCACACUCACUAUUGGACACUCUUAUAGAGAAACCUUACAUAUACAAGCACGUGUACUCACGCAGGUACUCACAUGGUGGUCUCAUAAAGGAUGGACUUGGGCAUUUUCAACACAUCACCUGUGUGGUGGCUGUGGUUGGCACUAAAUGCACUAUGAAUUAUUAACGUGUGUUUCUCAGCAGAAAUUGUUACUUUUAUAUAUCCUCUUGUUGGCGCAGCGAUAUUUUGGUCUUGUUGUAUUUUUGUGUGUCCCCUUUCUCUCUCUCUCUCUAUCGCUCUUUCUGCAGGUCUAAAAGCAGAUCCUUGCUCAUCAGUUAUUGUUUAAUUUUUUGAAAAAAAAGUUCAUUAAAAUUUUUGAUUAUUAAUUUUUUUAAAUAUAGCUUUUAAAGGAGAAACCGUACAUUCAUUCUGCACACUUCUAAAUGCCUCGUGGAGGUUUUUUUUUAAAUAUAGCUUUUUAUUAAAAUGUUCCAUAUCCAAACUUUAAUUAGAUGAGUUACAACAUACACACCCCCUCCGAGUAUUCAUGAUAGUAAACAUGACCUGUUCAACCUAAAAUGUUUGGUUUUUUACCAUGGUGUAAAUGUGUUUUGGCAUUUUUAACAUGGAAGACAAUGUGAACUUGAUUUUUUUCUGGAUCCGCAUCCUAGUGGAUGAAAGGGGAACUGCAAUUUGUGUCACUUGGGUUAGCAUUGGCUUCACAUUUGCCAGGUGGAAUUUGCCCCUUGGACUGGAGCCAGCGGGCUCCAAAAGGAGACAUUACUCGAUGGAGACAGAUGAUUCAUUGUGGCAAAUCCUGAAUGGAAAAACUCAAAGAGAAAGAAGAAUCCCCAAAUUAUUUCAUGAGAAUCUAUUAUUCUUAUCUUCAUAUUGUUUGUUUUUUUGUGUGUUGUUCCUCUGGGUUUCUUUUUAGGUAUGGAUAGUGUAAAAAAAACUUUCUGAAAAGGAAACUUUUAUUUUUUUUUAUUUCAUUGCCAGAGAUAUUUUUGUAAUUUACUGUUAUUUGCUUGCGUGUCUUGCUUUGUUCUCUGUCACUAUGCAUUUGAUGUAUUUUCACUUUUUGUGCAUCAGCUGCAUCUGUGACUCAGAGACAAACAAGCCAGCAGGUGGUGUGUGAUGUAAUACAGGACACAUAUAAGUCAGGAGACUGGCUCCUGGAUCAACCUGAGGAUGACGCAAAUUGGAAAGCAACAGACUAACUGUAGCUAACUGUAGACUGGUGCGCACAUGGAGCAGGUCUUUAGAGAUGUUUAAAUAUGAUUUAUAAACUUUUAUGUAUUACUUUUAGAGCUGAAUGGUUUUGAUGUAACAAGCCAGACUGGAUUUUAUCUUUUGUUCAAUUACAAGUGAACAUUUUAUUUGCAUACACAAACUUGUGUACCUCUGUUAUUAAGUAGAGGAUGUCGGUAUCAAGCUCCAAGCUCCCAUUAUUCCUGUAUGGGAUUCUCCUGUGUGGCUCUUUUGCUUCUUUUCCACUUAUUAGCAGUAUUAAACAUGGCAGACACAACGCCAGAUCAUUGAUGCAUGGCAGCGGCAGCCCCUGGAACAAAAGGGAAGAGGCAGCAAGAGAUGGAGAAUACUUGCUGGGAAUAAAGAGACUUAGGAGGCUUUACUGUAACGUGGGCAUCGGCUUCCACAUUCAGGUGCUUCCAACCGGGAGGGUCACAGGAGUACACAAUGAAAACAUUUACAGCCUUAUAGAGAUUUCUCCCGUUGAGAGAGGAGUGGUGACGUUGUAUGGAGUGAGAAGCCAUCUCUUUAUUGCCAUGAGUGAAAGAGGGAAACUCUAUGGCUCGGGGAAUUACAACACUGAUUGCAAUUUCAAGGAGAAUCUGUUGGCCAACAACUAUAAUGCCUAUGAGUCAGCUGCCCACCCUGGUAUGUACAUUGGCCUCAGCAAGAUUGGUAAAACCAAAAGGGGAGAUCGUGUGACCCCAACAAUGACCAUGACACACUUCCUCCCAAGGAUAUGAUCAUCAGCAUCAAACUCCAACAGUGAGGACGUCAGAAGAAACCAUCUGGUGUUUCUACUCAGCAGCAUGAAUGAAAGCAGUGUGAUAAUUACAUGGUUUGCAUAAUUCUACAAUUAUUUAUGAUGUAUUUAAUGGAAAAAUUAAAUACAUGGUUUCUGUUGAGUGGUCACUUCUUUACUUUUGUUUCUAAUGGAAAUGUUUAAAAGACUCUAGGCUACUUGGUGUUUGUUGCAUUUAUUCAGCCAAAAUCAAAUUAAAACAUUUUUUUUAAACUGU